AUGGGGCCCGGGCUCCUGAGCGCCGCGCUGCUGCUUGCGGGGAGCUCCCUCUUGUUCCCGGGACGCUUCUCGCUCUCGGAGGAGGGCAGGCACCGCCCUUCUUGGGAGCAGGAGGCUGGUCCCGGGGGGCCCGAGGCCCUGCGCGGGCAGCUCAGGCGGCAGCGGGGGCCCGACGCUCCGGAGAAGAGAGGGACGCACGCAAAGGGCAGUAUCUGUUCAUUCCUUUCCGCGGGCCGCAGCCUCCCUUGCCUUUUCCCCACUUCGACAGCGUUUGCUUUCGGUCCCUCCUUUCCCGUGUUCCACGUGCCUUUAACUAAACAAUGUACAGACCUCAGCAGGACCACGGCAGCGACGCCCGUGGCGGCGGCGGCGAACAUGGCGCCCGUUUGCGUCGGGCGGCUCUGGGUGCGCCGCGAAGCAGGGUGGGAUUGUGGAACAGGACCGCUUGUGGAUAUGUUGAGAGGGUCUCGGAUUGUAGGGGGCACAAAUGCUCAAAGUGGCGCAUGGCCCUGGAUAGUUAGCCUGCAGAUUCAAUCUGGAAAAGUUCUUGCUCAUGUAUGUGGGGGAAGCUUAGUGAAAGAUAGUUGGGUCCUCACAGCUGCCCACUGCACUAGGGACACUAGCAAUCCUUUAGAGUGGAGAGCUGUGAUUGGAACUAACAAUUUAGCCGGGAGACACAAGAAGAUUAUAAAAGUUAAAGCAAUCAUCAUCCACCCGGAGUUCAAUUUGGAAAAUUAUGUAAAUGAUAUUGCACUUUUUCAUUUAAAACAAGCAGUGAGGUAUAAUAACUAUGUUCAGCCUAUUUGUCUACCUUUUGAUGUUUUCCAAAACCUGGAUCGAAACACAUUGUGUUUUAUAGGUGGCUGGGGAAGAACAGGAGAAGAAGGUAAUGCUACAAGUGUGUUACAGGAAGCACAAGUGCAUUAUAUUUCUCGAAGCGUUUGCAGUUCUGAUAAGAGUUAUGGGAAUAUUAUUCCUAUAACUUCGUUUUGUGCAGGUGAUGAAGAUGGAAUUUUUGAUACUUGCAGGGGUGAUAGUGGUGGACCAUUAAUGUGCUACUUACCAGAACAUAAACAAUUUUUUUUAAUGGGAAUUACCAGUUACGGAUAUGGCUGUGGUCGAGAAAAUUUUCCUGGUGUCUAUUGUGCACCUUUCUUCUACAAAACGUGGCUGACAAAUCACCUCAACCAGACAAGGAAUAAAGGCAUAUUUAAUAUAAAUAUUUUACCUGGACAGGUCCUUGUCGCCUUAGGUUCUGUUGUCUUACUAGCAACUCCAUAA